UUAUGUGAAAUCAAGAAGUCCAAAUGGCAUGACCCUGAAUUAACUCAACCAAGGCCCAACUUACUCAACACACAAAACAUUCUAGACUUCUCUUUUCACUUUCUCUCUCCUCCUCUUCAUUCGUCUUCUCACCUCCACUACUCGAUUUUAUCACGCCGGUGUUUGCCGUAUUCCGACGGAAUCCCGGCGAGUUUGUGACAUCCGACCACCUCUUUUUCCGGCGGACGGUUGCAACGCAAGUUACUAGAUUUUUCUUCUUCUAAUUAUUAUCAUUCUUCCUAAUUCUUAUCAAAGCUCAAAUCAAAGGGCACUUGAGUAUAGACGGAACUUAAACAAUUUUUUCAACUGAUCGCUCAGAUGGGGGAUCAAACAAAGCAAUCAGAGACAACAAUUGAAGAGGAAGUGGGGAGAGUGGUGGAGCAAGCAAAGGAAUUGCAAGAAGCGGCAGCAUCAUUCAUUUCGACGUCAUCGAGGGAAGAGAAAGAACUUCGACAACGUGCUCGUUCACUCGAUGAGUCCAUUGCGAAGCUUCGUUCCUCCAUCAGUUCUCUCACAAAUAGCAUGGAUCCCAGGCUAGUUGAGAAGCUUGAGGAUGAAUUGAAUAGAGCAAACUGUAUCCUGGUUGAUGGAGAUGCUUCAUCUUUCCUUCCUGGCAAAGUUGAGAGUUGGUUUUUAAAGAGGUUUCUUGGUCCUAUUAAUGUGCGAGCUAUCAGGAAGGAUGUCCAGUUGAAAGUCAAAGAGGAGUACAAUAGUUACAAAGAUAGAACUGCCUACUUGUUUCUUCUUUUUCCAUCUAUACUACUGAUUCUUAGAUCUUGGAUGUGGGAUGGCUGCAUGCCUGCUUUUCCAGUUCAACUCUAUCAGGCCUGGCUUUUAUUCCUUUACACAGGCUUGGCUUUGAGAGAGAAUAUCUUGAGAGUGAACGGGAGUGAUAUUCGUCCAUGGUGGAUAUAUCAUCAUUAUUGUGCAAUGGUGAUGGCCCUUGUGAGCCUUACAUGGGAAAUUAAAGGCCAACCUGAUUGUGCACAGAAGCAGAGAGGGGUAAAACUUUUUCUACAAUGGGCCAUGAUGCAAGGAGUUGCAAUGUUAUUGCAAAACCGAUAUCAACGGCAGAGGUUGUACACUCGUAUUGCACUUGGAAAGGCAAAGAGAAUGGAUAUUGUGUGGGGAGAAACGGCAGGAGAGCAUGGCCAGCUUUGGUUGCUUUGCCCUAUACUUUUUAUUUUGCAGGGUUUCGAGGCAUAUGUUGGUUCAUUGUUGCUUCAAACAGCAUUUGUUGGAUUUGUAUCUGAAUGGCAGGUUGUAUUUUGUGGAUUUCUCUUGGUUUUGAUGGCUAUUGGUAAUUUCGUAAAUACGGUGAAAACUUUACUUGUGAAAUUGCGUUUUAAGGCAAAGAUGAAAAGGACUAAAAGUAAGCAACAGCUCGACUAGGGAUGGCAUUUCUGAAAGUUCCGAUAGUCUCAUACACCCGAUUUCUUUAUAUUAUAUCCUUGGUUUUGUGUUGCUCUGGUGUAAUUGAAGGUUCUUUUCAUGUAGUUGAGAUGUACACAUUGUUUUAUAGCAUAACCCCCCUUUCCCCUAAGAAAAAAAAAAAAGAGCAUUUUUGUUUUGUAUGUGUAAUUCUUGGCUUACCACAAUAAUUGAAUAUCUGCAUUUUUUGUUUUAAUAGAUUGCUUAGAUUAGAUUUGUAUUAAUCAAAUAAUAAAUGGGAUGUUACCCAGUAUUCAGUUCUGACGUUUUGUA